AGUCCCCCAUCUGCUUGUCAUUAUAUAACAACCCUCCAAAGUUCAAACCAAACAAUCGAUCGCUUUGAGAUUCAAAUCGAGUAAGAGGAAGGCUUUGUUGCAUUUUGAAACCUUGCUAUGACGGAAGUAUUGUUGCCCAUGUUCCAAGACCACCGACCAAAGAGAUUGGCCUCACAUAUAAUUUUCACCUACUCUGUUGCACUAACAAAUGCUUUUUCUUUAUCUUAAACAUAAGCAUGAGGAGAAUGAUUAUCUUUGUAUGACAUGCAUCAUUUUCUUAACUCCAUUUUCUUCGCCACUAAUAACUCUCUCUCUAUCCCUCUCUCUCUCUAUCCCUCUCUCUCUCUCUCCCUCUGUCCUAACGGUCUGAUUGCAAUAGACAAGAAGGAAAAAGGAAUGCAAGAGAUGGGAGCUUCAGGGUUUAUAGUUCUUCUCUUGGUUUCUUGUUUCUUCAGCAAAUCCAGAGGGGCGGUUGUUCCUGCACUCAUCAUGUUCGGUGACUCCAUUGUUGACGUUGGCAAUAACAAUAACUUAUUCAGCAUUGUUAAAUCAAACUUCCCUCCGUACGGCAGAGACUUCAUCAACCACAGACCCACCGGAAGAUUCUGCAACGGAAAACUCGCUGUGGAUUUCUCAGCUGAGUACCUUGGCUUCUCUUCAUACCCACCUGCAUUCCUAAGCCGAGAAGCAAGCAACGAGGAUCUCCUUAUCGGUGCCAACUUUGCAUCAGCUUCUUCAGGAUACUAUGAUGCAACAUCUGUUCCAUUUGGCGCGAUCUCCUUAACACGACAGCUGAGCUAUUACAGGACGUAUCAAAACAGAGUGACGACCAUGAUUGGAAAGGAGAAAGCACGCGUGCUGUUCUCUAAAGCUAUCCACAUUUUGAGCGCGGGAUCUAGCGACUUUCUUCAGAACUACUACCUCAAUCCUCUGCUCAACAUCAUAUAUACACCUGAUCAAUUCUCAGAUAUUCUCAUGAGAUCCUACUCAAACUUCAUCCAGAAUCUGUAUGAACUAGGAGCAAGGAGAAUCGGAGUCAUAUCACUACCGCCAAUGGGUUGCCUGCCUGCAGCUAUCAUUCUUUUCGGUUCAAAAAACACGAGUUGUGUCGAGAGGCUGAAUAAUGAUGCUGUCAUGUUCAACACCAAACUUGAGAACACAACCCAGAUAUUGAUGAACAGACACUCAGGCCUCAAGCUCGUCGCCUUUGAUGCCUACCAACCUCUCCUGGACAUCAUCACCAACCCAUAUGACAAUGGAUUCUUUGAAACAAAAAGGGCAUGCUGUGGAACAGGAACAGUAGAGACAUCGUUCCUUUGCAAUUCUCUAUCCAAAGGAACGUGUUCAAAUGCCACAGGAUAUGUGUUUUGGGAUGGAUUCCAUCCCACAGAGGCUGUGAACGAGCUGUUGGCUGGUGAACUAUUGGGUCAAGGAAUUUCUCUAAUCUCUUGAAUUGAAUUCCAUCUCGUUUGGAUUGAAUUCAAAUUGUAUACCUACAAAUAGCUACCAUUAUGUCUCUCGCUCUUCUCUAUCUCGUGUGUGAUGAUGUAUCUCACUUUCAUAAACCAAAAAAAAUAAGAGACAAGAGUGUGUCUGUGUGUGUGUAUGUGUGAAUGUAGAAACUACCGAUUUGGUCUGUGUGAUGGGUCUAUAGGUCCAAGCUUUGUUAGAGAAGAUCACCAUCUGGUGGUAAUUUGUGUUUUUAAUUUAUCUCUGGAGCAUUUCUACGAUUCAUUGCAACAAGAAUUUUGGUAAAG